UCUUCUUGUUUGGAAAACAUUAAAGCCCAUAUAAAAUGAUAAGGCCCAAUAACUUCAAAAGGCCUAACAUAAUUCUGUUGUAGCGCCGGUCCGCUAAGUAGUUUCGAGUCGUCGUUCUUCUUCUUCUUCUUCUUCUUCUUCCAUCUUCCUGUGAGUGAGAUCUGUGGAAAACGAAAGCGAGAUUUAUCAGGUUUGGUGAUUGUUUGUGGAGAAGAAGCUCGCGAUAAGUCAACAUGAGCAAGCCAAUGGAAGAGGAUACCAAUCAGGGAAAGACUGAGGAAGAGGAAUUCAACACCGGGCCACUCUCUGUUCUUAUGAUGAGCGUGAAGAAUAACACUCAGGUUUUAAUCAAUUGCCGGAACAACAGGAAACUUCUUGGGCGAGUGAGAGCGUUUGACAGACACUGCAACAUGGUUCUUGAAAAUGUCAGAGAGAUGUGGACUGAGGUUCCGAAAACUGGGAAAGGAAAGAAGAAAGCACUUCCGGUGAACAGAGAUCGGUUCAUAAGCAAGAUGUUUCUACGUGGAGACUCAGUCAUUAUCGUCCUCAGGAAUCCAAAAUGAGAGAGAGUGUCAUGUAAAAGACAUGUUCCUUGUUUGUGCUAAAAGUGAUAAAUACUUGUAGGUAUUAGCAUCUUUUAAGUUUGACAUUUAUGUGUCUCGUUUUCGUUUAUGCCCGAAUUGAUAAGAUCUUUUUAAAGGUGUUUGCCAGCGUAAUCUCAUUUGUGUUCAGUUUA